AAAUGAUGAGACAGACCUGUAUUUGCAUGACAUGGCAGCAUAACGGUGAUGCAGCAGUAGUUGUGAGAGGUUACUGAGACACAACAACCAGUGCUCACGAUACAUUUCAUCUUUUUUACUUUUGGACAUGUCAAAAGAAGUUAGCGGGAAGAACAUUCAGCUCAGUGAGGAGCAGCUGCAACAGAUAGAGCAGAACAGGCGUGCUGCUCUGAAAAGACUGGCCAACCGAAACGUACCUGUGCCUGUUGGUGAAAGCUGGCGGAGACAAAUUGGGACAGAGUUUACAAAACCUUAUUUUACAAAGCUUAUGUCAUUUGUUACAAUGGAGAGGAAAUGCUAUACAGUCUAUCCCAGCCCUGAGCAAGUGUUUAGUUGGACAACUCUGUGUGCAAUUGAAGAUGUGAAAGUUGUUAUUCUCGGACAAGACCCCUAUCACCACGCAGGUCAGGCCCAUGGUUUAGCCUUCAGUGUGCUGAAGCAUAAACCUCCUCCUCCAAGUCUGGAAAACAUAUUUAUGGAGCUGGCAAAAGACAUUGCUGGCUUCCAGCCCCCAGGUCAUGGAGACCUCACAGAAUGGGCAAAACAGGGUGUUCUUCUACUAAAUUCGGUGUUGACAGUGAGGGCUCAUCAGCCCACCUCUCAUGAGGGUCAAGGCUGGGAACUCUUUACAGAUGCUGUGGUCCUGUGGCUCAGCAGCAAUCUUAAUGGUCUGGUGUUUCUGCUAUGGGGCUCAUAUGCUCAGAGGAAAGGCAAAGUAAUUGACAGAAAGCGUCAUCACGUCCUUGAGACUUCCCAUCCUUCACCGUACUCUGCCCAUUUGGGAUUCUUUGGAUGUAGACACUUCUCCAAAGCAAAUACGUUACUUAAAGCAUCAGGGAAGAAACCAGUUGAUUGGAAAGCCCUUUAGGGUGUGACU